AUGGAUUUCCAUAAGGCACCACCACCCCGGCCACCAAGCCUGGCGACCGCCCUCUCCAAGGCGAACGACGUGUACGAUUAUAUAUUCAUCGACAGCGGUAGUCCCGAUUCGUACCUGAGUGCCGACGUCGGCAGCAUCGCUAAUGAAACGUUCUUCAACGAGUCUGCAAAUGCGUUCGCCAACACCACCGACCUCGGGCUGGUUCCGGCCAUCUUCAACGGUACCGCCGACGAGCCGCUCGCCGACGUGAUCGUGAUGGCGAUCACCUCGCUCGUGCUAGGAUUGAUGAUUUUAGUCACCGUGAUAGGAAACGUUUUCGUAAUAGCUGCCAUCAUUUUAGAGCGUAAUUUACAAAAUGUAGCUAAUUAUCUGGUCGCAUCGUUGGCCGUCGCCGAUCUGUUCGUGGCGUGUCUGGUGAUGCCGCUCGGUGCCGUGUACGAGAUAAGUCGCGGUUGGAUCCUUGGUCCAGAGCUGUGUGAUAUAUGGACGUCGUGUGAUGUACUCUGUUGCACAGCAUCCAUCCUUCAUCUAGUAGCUAUAGCAACCGAUAGGUACUGGGCGGUGACAAACAUCGACUACAUCCACUCUCGUACCAGCCGCCGUGUCUUUACGAUGAUCUUCCUCGUUUGGUUCGCGUCCGUCAUCGUAUCGCUGGCACCACAGUUCGGCUGGAAAGAUCCAGAGUACCUACAACGAAUAGAGGAGAAAAAGUGCAUGGUUUCGCAGAACAUCGCUUACCAGGUGUUUGCCACGUGCUGUACGUUUUACGUUCCUCUCUUUGUUAUCCUAGUGCUGUAUUGGAAAAUUUAUCAAACUGCCAGACGGCGGAUACACCGUCGGGGGCCGAAAAUACCCGCCACACCGAACAGCAGCAAUCAGGAGGAAACACCAAAGCCAAAGUCGAAGAUACGAUUUCACCUGAAGAAAAAGUUCACCAAUCCCACCAAGUCGGCCGUUUCGUCGCUCGGGCUUGUGGAGGGCAACUCGACCAACACGGUCAACACCGUCGAAGAUACGGAGGACAGCACGAACGCUCCGGAACGGAAAGGUCUCGAAACGACGUUCAGUGGCGAUGAGGGCAACAACACACCGCUGGGCAACAAUCAAAUACCGACGGUGUCGUACGAGGUCACGCACCAGCAGUUAGCGCAGUCAGCGGGCGGUUCGGAAUCGAACAAUAACAACCCUCGACCGAACCUGACCGGUGGCAAAACCAGCCCUAGUGGAAACGGUGGCACACCGUUGACCGUAGCUGCCUGUCCGGUACAAUCGAACCAGCUGCCCACCUCGCCGCUGCUUCCACCCCACCAUCACCAGCCCCAAACGCCCCGGGCACUUCAUCCGGAACUGGCGGCGCACCAGCACAAUCAAGCGUCGAAGCAACCGCCCACGGCAGGCCAUCUGGUGGCGACGCCGACCGGUGGGCUGCAGGGUGCGGUGACUGGCGGCGGUUCCACGCUCAACAUCUCCAGCACGCCGAACCCACACGCCCAGGUAUCCAAGCGCAAGGAAACGCUCGAGGCAAAGCGUGAGCGCAAGGCGGCCAAAACGCUUGCCAUCAUCACCGGGGCGUUCGUGGUGUGUUGGUUGCCAUUUUUUCUGACCGCCCUGCUGCUGCCACUGUGCGAGAGCUGCUCGAUCAACGAUACGGUUGCGUCGCUCUUUCUCUGGCUCGGCUACUUCAACUCCACGCUCAAUCCCGUCAUCUACACCAUCUUCAGUCCCGAGUUCCGGCAGGCCUUCAAGCGGAUCCUGUUCGGUAGCCACCGAUCCACCAACUACAGGCGGGGCCAACUUUAA